ACGCACCAGUGUGAAAGGGCUCUUAGGGAAUUACAUACACAAUUUUAGUGUUUGGGUUUAUAGACAUUAAAAAAAAAAAAAAAAUCCCCACUUAGACUGGCAGUUGGCAAAUGACAGUUGGAAUUUGAAUUUGUUUUCUGGCUAACUGACAUCCCUACCACAGAUAUUUUUUAUCCAUGUCUAAACAGACUUGAAUAUUACACUCACACAGCUAAAAAUAAAGACCCCUAUUCUUGUGUUAAAUCUUUAUUCAUUAAACUCAUUAUAGAAGAAAUAAGAAAAACAGAGGGUUUGCUGAUUACAUUUAAUCUGAUAAAAUAAAAUAAAAUCUAGCAUCUCUGAUUGAUUUCUAUAGGCUGAUCCAUACAUUUCAAUGCUUAUAAAUGAUUUCCAAUACAAUAUGUAGCAAUUUCCAUCCAGUAAUAUUCACAGACCAAACUAAUUCAUCUGCUAGAUCAGUUUACAGGGGUGUAUAGUUCCUGUGUUUUCCAUUGCAAAGCCUGGGUGAUGUCUCCAUGGCAACAAUGGAACAUUGUGACAUCACAGAACAGCUGAGGCGAUAAAUAGCCUGCAGCCUCACUGCUCCUGCAGAAGUCUCUGACCUCAGUACAGUGCAGACCGUUCGAUGCAUUCUACUAUGUUCACAAAGCUUAUUAGUAUUUUGAUGCUUUUCAUCUGUUGGCAGAUCACAACAGUGAAUGCUUAUGUUGUUGCAGAAAAGGAACAAACACAUGAAAAGCUUUUAUGCCCGUCUAUUCCGAUUUUUGAAAGUGUGGCUUAUGGCACCGAUAUGACCAUAGAACUGCCUUGUAAGUGCAGACCAGACAAAAACACACAAGUUUACUGGUUCUAUAAACAAUCAGUGAACAGUGUAGCAACUCGGAUGCUGACACCAGAUGGAACACACAAGUCUCUUCAUGUGGAGUCGAAGAUCAUCACCAAAGUGUACAACGUCAUCAUACACAAGGCUCGCGUAAAAGACUCUGGAAUUUACUUAUGUGGAAACGGCGAUGGUGCGUUCUUCUGGGGGUACGAACUUGAUGUGCAGGAUACCUCAAAUGCUUAUGUGGCAUUUCAGGAGCACCGCCAAGACCCCCAGCCAGACCUCCAAACAGAGCACUUGACAGCCUUCACCGCUUUCUGGAAGUGGCAAAAGUGUGACCGCUGCGAUGGCCCCGGGGAACAAAGAAAGAUAGGCUUUUGCUAUGUCAGUAGUGCCCAUCUUAAACCAAGGUACAUGCUCUCACAGAGCAGUGUUGUUCCCUGCGGCUCACAUGGGAUUCCUGACAACCUGCGAAAGGAAAUUUCCGAUCGAAGACCAGAAAUAUUCAUCAGGAGUUGUAAUGUCCCCUGCCACAUAAGGGUUCCAGGGUUUAAAGGUACCGCCGAUUACUUGUGGCACCAAUUAAGCAAGAUUAAGACAUUUAUCCCAUUCUUCCCCAAUGCUCCGACUGAAAAACAUAAACACACCUUGGGGAGCAGCCUUACUCUUGCCUGCCCAGGUGCCAAACCAGGAGAUGCUGUUGCCUGGGAUAAAAACAACAAACAUUUCUACAAAUCAGACUAUCUGAUUGGCCAAAAGGAGGCGACACGUAUCUACAUAGAUCACGGCAAUAAUCUGAACUUUCGAUAUGUCCGGUACAGCGAUGAAGCAACAUAUUACUGUUGGCUGCAAGGGAAGCUUAAAGCUGGCAUCAAACUGAUCCUUCAAGCGGACCCAACAGAAAAGCGAAAGUUCUCUGAUGCUGACUCCAUCCUCGCUAUGAAAUAUAUUGGUGUCAGUUUUGUCAUUUUUUUCUUUAUUUUUGUCAUGGUCCAUUGCAUAAAAUUCAGCGCCUAUACAUUUAAGUGUUCGCCAUCACCAUGCAUAGCAGACAUGGUCUAAGGAGUCGUUCAUGGGUCACUAGAAGUCAUGGUCUGGUCACACCAUGAGUGUUAGGACCUAGGCUUAAACCUGGGACCUCUUUUGUGUCUGGCAUUGGCUCUUCCCACUGAGCUAUCUGGGAUGCUGGACAGUUCCCUGCCUGAUCUGCUGAAUAAAUCUAUCUGAUCCCUUAGACUACUCUCUGCUUGGUGUCUUGAUUGCUGUUGAACCCCUUGCUCCUCCCAUGCCAGGUUAUUGUGCAUUCCCUGCUGCCAUCUGUACCUGCAACCACCUGUGUUUGACCCUCGGCCUGUUCCUGGACUACUCUACUGCCUGGUCCCAAUCUGCAGCCAUCCGUGUUUGAUCCUCGGCCUGUUCUUUGGCUGCUCUACUGCUUGAUCCCAACCUGCAGCCACUCAUGAUUGAUCCCUUGGCUUGUUUACUGACCAUGCUGCUGUU